AUGCCCAACACUUUGGAUAACUCGUAUAUAAGCAACGGGCCAUGGAAACCCGCUCUCUUCGAGGGUAAAGUUGCCUUUGUAACAGGCGGAGCCGGUACCAUUUGUCACGUUCAGACUGAAGCUCUGAUCCUGCUCGGUUGCAAAGCUGCCAUCAUUGGCCGCAACAAGGAAAAAACCGAACAAGCUGCUGAGGAGAUGUCAAGACUCUCCAGAGUUCCUGACUCGGUUUUACCCAUUGCCGGCAUCGAUGUUCGUGAGUUCGACCAGCUGGAGACCGCAGUGGCCCUCACUGUGGAAAAAUUCGGAAAGAUCGAUUUUGUCAUAGCGGGCGCUGCAGGUAACUUUAUAGCCCCAUUCGAACAGCUUUCUGCUAAUGCGUUCAAAUCUGUGGUAUCGAUUGACCUAUUAGGAAGUUUCAACACUGCGAAAGCAUGUCUACCACAGCUAAAGCUUAGCAGGGGCUCCAUCCUGUUCGUCUCAGCCACUUUCCACUAUUACGGAGUGCCAUUUCAAAGCCAUGUUGGUGCCGCCAAAGCCGGCAUUGACGCGCUUUCAAACGCACUUGCUGUCGAACUCGGAGUGUCAGGAAUACGCAGCAAUUGUAUAGCGCCGGGUGCCAUCGAAGGCACGGAAGGCAUCUCGAGGCUUUCCGGUGCAGUCUCAAAAGAUCAAAUUUGCUCUAAAAUUCCUUUGCAACGUCUAGGUACCACCAAAGACAUUGCAGAUACGACCGUGUUUCUGUUUUCAGAUGCAGCAAUGUAUGUUACUGGCACAGUGCACAUUGUCGACGGUGGGAUGUGGCACCUUGGCACGCAUUUCGGGCGUGAGAUGUAUCCUCAAAAAUUAUUGGAGGAAAAUGCUAAACUAUGA